GAGAGCGGGCUAACACUUAAACGUGAUUUAGUUUUCAAACGUAAAUACAAUAAAAAAAAACUUCAAACGUGCUCCUUUCUUGCAACUCGUAGCUAAUACAUAUAUAGCUACGAGUUGCAAGAAAGAACAUACGGGUAACUCUCUCGUUCCGCCUGUGUACUCUUCGUUGAGUGUGUGCCGUGGAUGACAACAGUACAGCUCGUCGCAACAACAGCAGCAGCGGCAGGAACAGCGGCGGUGGCGGCAGUGUAUUUGUCAUUGCAGCAGCCCAGGGGAGCGAAGUGAACCGAGGGGAGGAAAGGAAAAGAAAGGAUUUACGGACACCGUCCAAGCAUGGCUACCCAAACGACAGCAUCAUGCACUGGAUCCACUCUGUUGCAGCCGCUCAGUGAAAUUAUCAAUCUCCCUCUUGACCAGGUUAACUUUGUGGCAUGUCAGCUGUUUGCCCUGCUGAUGGCUGUUUGGUUUCGGAUCUACCUCCAUCCCAGUAAGACCAGUCCCUUCAUCAGACAUGUGGUGGCCACUCUGUUGGGCUUCUACUUGGCUCUCUUCUGCUUUGGCUGGUAUUCCCUUCAUUUCCUGGUCCAGAGUGGCCUGUCCUACAGUGUGAUGGUGUUUGCUGGGCUGGAGAACAUGCACAAAUACUGCUUCAUUGUAACACUGGGCUAUUUGAUAUUGUGUCAAAUCACACGGGUCUACGUUUUUGACUACGGCAUGUACUCUGCAGAUUUCACAGGGCCCAUGAUGGUUAUCACACAGAAGAUCACCAGCAUGGCAUUUGAAAUCCAUGAUGGUUUGACCAAGCGAGACGGGCAGCUGACUCCCAGUCAGAAAUACCUUGCUAUCAGUCGUAUGCCCAGCUUGUUGGAAUACCUGAGCUACAACUGUAACUUCAUGGGGAUCCUGGCAGGGCCGACCUGCUCCUACAACGACUACAAGGCCUUCAUUGAAGGAACGUGCUACCAGCCGCGGCACCAGGAGAACGCCAAUGGCAAGGAGAAUGGAAAGUACAAGCAGACUGAACCCUCGCCCAAGAAUGAUGUCAUCUCCAAGCUGUGCACCUGUGCUAUCUCGCUGGCCAUCUAUCUGUCCCUCUAUAAGCUACUCCCAGUGGAGCGCUCGAUAGACGACGACUUUGUAAACUCCACACCCUUCCAUCUCCAGGUUGUCUACCUUUACUUGGCAAUGCUGGCGCUGAGGCCAAAGUACUACUUUGUCUGGACACUCGCUGAUGCUAUCAACAAUGCUGCCGGAUUCGGCUUCAACGGAUACAACAAAGAUGGCUCCCCACGGUGGGAUCUGAUAUCAAAUCUCAGAAUUCUGGACAUUGAGUUCGCCACCAGUUUCAAGUUGUUCCUAGACAACUGGAACAUUCAAACAGCUCUUUGGCUUAAGAGGGUGUGCUACGAGCGCUGUCCCAUUAACCCCACUGCUGCCACCUUCCUGUUGUCAGCCAUGUGGCACGGGGUGUACCCUGGCUACUAUCUGACCUUCCUCACCGGCAUCGGCAUGACUAUGGCUGCACGUGCAGUACGGCACAACAUCAGGCCGUACUUCCUGGUGUCUGACUCAUACAAGGGCAUCUAUGAUGUGAUCACGUGGGCAUGGACUCAGGUGGCCAUUAGUUAUACAGUGGCGCCAUUUGUGCUACUUGCAGUAGGACCCUCACUCAAGUUCUACAGGUCUUGGUACUUUGGGUUACAUCUUCUAUGUCUGCUGGUGGUCCUGGCCCUACCUGUCAAGUCAAAACGCCGGCAGGCCAAAGAGCAGCAGGACGACCUCCAGAAGGACAACCAGACAGAUCACAACAGCACAGACAACAACUGCAACCAGAAAGAAAAGACCACAUGAGGGUCGGGACGGUGACGCGCCGCCCCUUCAGCAGCAGAAACACUGAGACGAACUAUAAACUACUGAGACCUGGAGUGUGUUGAGUCUGUUUACCUGACAAAGAACCAAAUAUCUCCUAUCAGACAGAAAACACAAGUCUACAUCCUGGCAAAAACUUCCAGUAGCAAGGCUGACAGCAAUCACACUUCUGACAUGGAUACGAGACCAAGGUGAAGAAAUGGCCAAGGUGUAAACUAAUCAGCGGUAGUGGUUACUUUGCAAUACAUUAGUGAAAACGAACACCUCCAAGCUGCCUUAAACCCUCUAUGUACUUUGAAGGUGAAAUAACAGUUUGAAUGGCACGCUGCAGGAACCUAAAUGCAGUUACACCAGUGUGGUUUCAUGUAAGGUAAACAGAUUUAAAGCGCAGUAUGUGGAGGGUUUUUGUCAUUGUCUGGGUACAAGCCUCUGUUAGGUGGCAACAGAAAACCGUGUACAUGUAAAAGAAACAUAACCUUUAUCAUCAGCUGCCAAUUUCAAACAGGCCUUAGGAUCCUCAAAAUAUUGUUUGAUUUCUGUCUUUUUUUUUUAAAUCUCUAUUCCAGAAGAAUUCACAUCGUGUGUGUUUUGUAUUUAGAUGUUUGUGACGACACUAAUUGAAAUCCAUUCUGAAUGCUCUUUUGCUUUUUGUGGGAUGACUCGACUAUGCCUGAAAGAGAGAAUCUCAAAGUGGAAUUCAGAUCUCAUUCCUCUCCAGUCUAAAAGAUUUAAUAACUGGAUAUCUUUUUAUAUUUUUCAUAUCUGCUGCUUUUUUUUGUUGGGCAAACAAGACUCAUCUGAUAAAUGUGUGUUUCAAAGGGAGUUUGUUUACCCUCUGGUAACUUAGAAUACUUUUUAAGGCUUGUUGACUUGGGGUUCAGAAUUCAUUUUUUUUAAAUUUCUGCUGAUAUUUGUCUCAUGACAGGUUUCCUCUGUGUUCAGUUGUUAAAACAAGUAUCCAAAAUGAUUUUAAUUACCAGAAUUCCUACAGAAUUUACAUCCUUCUUGAGUUAUUUGUGCAGUAAUUGUCUUAAGUCCUACAAACGCAACAGAAAUCUAAUCAGAUCACCGCACUGACUUAGAAAUAAAGUGUCAAAUGGUCCAUGCACAGUGCAUAAAAGCACAUAAAGAAACCAGUUACAGUUAUAUAUGUAUGUGACUUUAUAGUAUUGUACAAAUUUCAAACACAUAAGCCAGCUGUUGUGGUAAAUGGUCUUAUUUCAUAUUGUGUGCACUUAAUGUUAGCCUAGGGGAUGUUUCAGCAUUUGCUGUAUGGUGUUCCUGUUUCCUCAUGUUGUUUUGGUCCGUGGCUCGCCUUAUUAGCCUUUUAGAGUCCCCCAGUUGGACCUAAUAACAGCGACUGCUGUGAUAUUUUUCUGAAAUCAUUAGAUCGGAUUAAUGAAUGAUGGAGUUCAUGACAACGUGGUGCAGAGAGGACCUUUUACAAGGCACCUUGCUGCUCUUUGAAUAAUAGUGACACAUAAAUGUACCUAGAUAUAAUCUUGGGAUUUCAAAGCCAACAGCAUCAAUUUGAAAUUAUGCUUCCUUUUUUUUUUCUUUUUCCAAAAAUCAUUCUCAAUAAUUUAAGUUAAACUGAUGCAUUUGUUUCCUGUAAAGUAGUAACAAAGCAGCAGAGAUGAGUUGGGGAGUUUUCUUUCUUUUUUUUGUUUUUAAGACUAAAAUAACACUCGCAUUUUCCUGCCAUAACUUUGUGUGUGUGUACCAGUAUUCAUGUGACCCGUUGAUGUUGAUGUGAACUCGACUUAACUAUAUUUGUAGCCUGGGCCCUGUGUAGGCGAGAGCGGCCCACCCAAGGGGAAAGGGAUGUCAUUGUUCAAAAACAUAGCGAUUAUUGCACUGCAUGGCCACCCAAACCAGCAGAUCAAUGCAAACUGCUCCAUAUGUCCAAAGUGCCAAAUCAUAAAUGGCGCAUUUUGUUUUUUUCUUUUGUGUAUAUGUGGGCCUGCGUGUGUGCGUGUGCGUGCCUGUGGAACAUAUUGGUUAUUUUUGUGUCAGAAGGAAAUUUAUUGAAAGAUUUGUAUAACAGUACAUUACAAUUCUGAUUUAUGUGGGGGAAUAAA